CUUAUACGCAAGUCAAUUUAAACGCCUUUCCUUUUACUCGAAGAGUCCGGCGAAAAGAACCCAAAUCCAAAGACAAACCCAUGGCUCAUUCCCCACUAUCCGAAGCUCACAAGGCGGCUUUGAGAUCGUGUCGUGUCAAACUAGAGGAGAGUCUCGACGUGGACUACAUAUUAGCCAGGUGUCUCCAAGAUGACGUUAUAUCACAGCAAAUGAAAGAGAACAUCGAAGCGAAAUCCACACGAAACCAAAAAUGCAGCGCGUUUUUAGACAUUUUAUUAACGCGUGGACAGCAGGCGUUCAAUAACUUUAUCGCCGCCCUAUCUGUCAACUAUUCUUUUCUGUCAGUACCACUGGAGAGGGAAUUGCGUGUUAAGGCGUUAUCUAUAGCAAAAGCUAGUCUUGUUCAUGCAAACGAAAUCAUGGUUGAUCGAAAAGAGGCUGAUGAAGAAGAGGUCGAAAUAUCCCGCGCUUCUGUAGAAAACAUCAAGAAACUUAUGAUACAACUGAGAAAAACACUUGGAAUGCCAACGUCAACUGUAUCGGGAAAGGGUAAAAUUAUGAGAUCCUCGUCUAUGAAUAAACUGUCUGAUGCCCACAAAGCAGCUUUAAGAUCCAGUCGCAUUGAUAUCGAGGAAAGCCUGGAAGUGCAGGAUAUUUUACCUAGAUGCAUUCAAGAUGGUAUGAUAACCCAAAGAAUGAAAGCAACAGUUUUAGCUCAUCCGACCAGACACGAGAGAUGUAGUGCAUUUUUGGAUAUUCUAGAAACACGGGGAAAGAAAGCAUUUGACAUCUUCGUAUCAGCUCUUCAUGACGACUACCAUUUCUUGAAGCUUCCCCUAAAGAGAGAGCUACGCAUACAGGCACUGGCC